UACUUAUAUAUCCGGAAAAAUUCCUUCCUGAUUUAUGUUUAUCGAGAAGAAGACAUAUAGGACAAACGUGCACAGAUUUAUGCUGAAGUGUAAAGGAUAGCUCUAGUGUAAAGAAAAUGGAUCAAUUUUUCUCGGUGCUCAUUAUCACGAGUAUAGCAGUUUUUGUCAAAGCGAGUUUAGAGUCAAAUAUGAAUAUAACAUAUAUUUUUCCUGAUAACACCUGUUAUUUGUCAUCAAAACCGAUGCAUACCAACACUUCUCUGUUAUACAUUUUCGAAUACCAAGGGAAGCAAAUUCCAAAUGAUUGCCGGGAAGUAGCACUGCACAGCGCAGACGCAACUUUGGAUUAUUACAAGUUUUGUGUCACUCCCAUUUCUUUCAUGGACCCAAACUGCAGCAUUACUGUUGAAUUUAAAUACAAAGAACGAGACAACGAAAACCUAAUGAUUUUCAACUGCAAUACAACAGAAAAUGAUACUUUUUGUACAAGCGAAGAAACAGAGCUAAGGAUCAUUAUUGAUCCAGUCUUGGGGUUUAAAAAUGCCAAUUUUAUAUUUUCGAUUCAAAAUAUCGCAUCUUCCAAAUAUUCAUAUCAAG